CUCACACACGUCAUGCUAAGGAAGUGCGGGUGUGCAGAAGCAGUGGUGUUGUGGGCCCUUGCCAGUUGUACCUGGCGCAUACGCAAACUAAUUAAAAGAUAUUGUCAUUAAAGAAAUAUUACAUGUAGGCAAAAACCUGCAGCCUGACAAUGGGAGCGAAUAACAGUACCCGAAGAGUGUCAUUUGAGUCAGACGAAAACGAGAACAUAACGGUGGUGAAGGGCAUACGGCUUUCUGAGAAUGUCAUCAACCGCAUGAGGGAACCUGUUGCUCCUCCCAAUCCAAACCAUGCUCCCGCUCCACCACCUUCCAAGGCGCCUACCUUCACUCCCUCUCCUCUUCUCUUGCCAGUGCCUCCCCCGUUUGACCCGAUCACCUCUUUACCUCCUCCUCCUCUGAUAGAACUUGUUGCUCCUCCAUCUCCUCCACCAGCUCAAUCAGCCACAGAGGCUGUUGCAGCACCAUCUCCACCACCACCACCACCACCUCCUCCUCAACCUCAACCUCCCACAGAACAGGUAGCAGCACCGACCAUUGCACCACCAGCUGCUGCUAAUACUGUUGCUGCUCCUGCUUUUGAGCCUGUGGCAGCACCUCCUCCUCCUCUUGCUCCUGCUGUUGCAGAGCCGCCCCCAGUGGUACCAGCAACCCCUGCUCCUGUCCCAGAGCCAGUGGUAGUCCCUGAGUCGAGUUUGCCUCCUCCUCCUCCUCCUCCACCACCUCCUGCACCAGCAGUUGAUGAAGAGGCCCUCAGGAAGAAGAUCACUGCUGAGCUGCAUGAGGGCUUGGAGCAGGACAGAGCCAAGGCAGAGCAAGAGCUGCAAGCCUGGCUGGAUUCAGAGAAGGCCCGGUCAGCAGCGCAGGCUCAGACUGAAGCACAGUCCCAGGUUCAGGAUGAAGUGUCCAGGAUCCUGUCAGUGGAGAGAGCUGUGGCCCAGGAGAGCCUGCAGCAGGCUGUGCUCAGGGAGAGGAUCGCCACUGAGGACGAGAAAUUCCGCGCUCAACUCUUUGAGAUGGGACGCAAGGCCAAGCAGCUGGAAGCCAGAGAAGCGGACCUUAAGAAGCAGGAUGUUUUCUACAGAGAGCAGGUGGCCCGGCUGGAAGAGAGGAGUGCUCAGUUCUACAAGGUCACCACUGAGAACUACCACAAAGCUGCCGACCAAGUGAAUGCCAAGUUCAGGCGGUACGAGAUGUAUCCAGUGUGCACAGACCUGCAGGGCCAGAUCCUGGCAUGCUACAAUGAGAACGUCGGAAAAACCCUCAACUGCUCCAACAUUGCCGCUCUUUACCUGAAGUGUGUCAACAACGCAAAACAGAACAAGUUGAGGACUGGCGGUUAAAGAAAGGAGGGUGGAAGAAAGACAGCACAACGAAGAGUUUAUGGUGUGGGAUUACUUAUUAUCGACCGACUGACAGACAGACAGAACAAACCAGAGUGGAGGAAGUGAGGAAUGAGUCAGCACCAAGACACAAACCCUCAAAACCCCCCGUGGAGAACCAGAACCAGACUAGAGGCACCAAACACAGCACCCUCAGAGAGACUUAGACACCCUCGUUUCUUGUUUUCCUCCCUCUCCUCUUAAACCUUUUGUUUUAUCUCUCCUGUGAGUUGGUGGGGAAGCAGCGACUACGUCAUCCAUUUAGGACAGACAGCAUAGAACGACGGAACCCAGCAGGCCUGAGCUAGGCCGACUUAAAGAACAUGAACACGAUCAACACCUCUGUCACAGACCCAUCCUCUCUUCAACACCUUAGAAGUCUAUUUUUUCAGAUAAGGCAGUCCUAUUCUGUUACCAAUAAAAUCAUGUAUUCAUCCCCGGUCCCUUAAUCACUAUCAUGUACACUUAUACACGUGUUAGCAUCUGUUUCUUCUUUGCAUCUGUUUGUGCGAGUUAGCUUUCUGUUAAUAAUGUAACAAUGUGCGUGCUGAGCAUUCAUCCAGACCAACACUUGUGACAACGUGUAAUCAGAGGAAAUAAAAGACAAAGCGAUGCA